UACAGGGCGGCGAGCACGGGUGCGCGGGGUGACGCCGCCCGGCUCCCUGAGGGGCCGCGCACCCGCCCGAGCCCCGCGGGGGAGGGGCGGCACGGCACGCGCCGGGACUCGCACGGCGCCCCCGCUGCCUCAACAACCGCCGCGCGCGAGGCGGCCGCGCGCCCGCCCCGUCCCGCUCGCGCCUGGCGCGAGGCUCCCAGAGCUCUCCCGCUGCCGCCCGCCGUGCCUCCCGCCGCCACGUGACCUGCCGCGCAGGGGCAAGAUGGCGGCGCCCAGAGCUGUCAGCGCGCUGCGGAGCGGAGGUUCUGUGACUGGCUGCCACAUAAUCUUUUCUUCGUGCGAUCAUGUCUACCUGCACAGGCAGUCAAGCAAUCAACAGCGAAGAUGCUUCUUUUUUCAGAGACAAAGAAAUACUGCUUAUAGUAUAGUUUGGCCAGCCAUGGUUUCUCCAGCUCACCCAGUUCCUAAGCACAUAAAGAAGCCAGACUAUGUGACGACAGGCAUUCUACCAGACUGGGGGGAUGACAUAGAAAUUAAGAAUGAAGAUCAGAUUCAAGGGCUUCGUCAAGCUUGUCAAUUGGCCCGUCAUGUCCUGCUUCUGGCUGGAAAGGACUUAAAGGUUGGCAUGACAACUGAAGAAAUAGAUUCCAUUGUUCAUCAUGAAAUAAUCAGACAGAAUGCCUAUCCUUCACCUCUGGGCUAUGGAGGUUUUCCAAAAUCUGUUUGUACUUCUGUAAACAACGUGGUAUGUCAUGGUAUUCCUGACAGUCGACCUCUUCAGGAUGGAGAUAUUAUCAACAUUGAUGUCACGGUGUAUUACAACGGCUACCAUGGUGACACUUCUGAAACCUUUUUGGUGGGCAAUGUGGAUAAAUCUGGUCAAAAGUUAGUGGAGGUUGCCAGGAAAUGUAGAGAUGAAGCAAUUGCAGCUUGCAGACCAGGGGCUCCCUUCUCUGUAAUUGGAAACACAAUCAGCUCCGUGGCACGGCGGGGAGGCUUCCAGGUCUGCCCGUCCUUCGUUGGCCACGGCAUUGGGUCGUACUUUCACGGGCACCCCGAGGUGUGGCACCACGCCAAUGACAGUGAUUUGUUAAUGGAAGAAGGAAUGGCGUUCACAAUAGAGCCAAUAAUAAUGGAAGGAUCCCCUGAAUUUAAAAUUCUGAAGGAUAAAUGGACUGCAAUUUCUGUAGACAAUAAAAGAUCAGCACAGUUUGAACAUACCAUUGUGAUUACCUCAGAGGGAGCAGAAAUCCUCUCUAAACUGGUGGAAGAAGCCUAAAGAUGGAGCAAGGAGUGGAGGAAAGCACUGUGCUUCUGUGAUUUCCAGUUUCACUCGGGACAGAGAAAAGGUUUCUGUAAUUUCUGUGGGGAAUAGGUGCUGCAUAAGUCGCUUCAGGGGACAGAAAAAGCAGCUUGAGAGGUCAGCUCUGGACAUAGUCUUUUGUAUGUGUUACCUGGUGAGUAUUUAAUAAAAAUCCCUUGGCUUGUUUGUGAA